AAGAAAGAUAUGCAGCCACACCUGAAGUUCUUUACAUCUCACAAAUUUGGUAUUUUUCCAAUGUAGGCUUUCAAGUUAUUUGCGUGAGACAUCAUACGAGUUUAGAAAAACUUGGAGCGGAGCAUUUGGGAAGAGUUCCAAUUGUAAAUAUUUGGCGACCGCAGUUUUGAAAAUCAACUGGGGUGCGCUGGGACCGGCGGAAUGAGCUGCAUAAUUUCGUUGUCAUACGAGAGAUGCGACCAAGGAAACCUCUAAUGUGUUGUCAAUAACCACCUUUUUGGAACUUUUACUACAUAGAAAUGGCUUCCAAACGGGGUCCGCGGAAAUCUGUGGCAUUCAGAGAAGAAAGCCCGGAAGAUAUCUGGUGUAAAUAUUGCAGCAAACUGUACGAUGAGCCAAAAGUGCUGCCGUGUUUACACACGUUUUGCAAGCGGUGUGUAGGUUUAAUUAUGGGAGAAAACGAAACUUCACUGUUCUGUCCUGUGUGCCGCUCCGAGGUUGCCUUGCCGUCGAAAAAUCUCGACGAUUUGCAGCCAAACAUAAUUAUUCUCAGGAAACUUGAGGAGUUUGAAAGGCAAAAAUUACGACAGCGCGAGGAAGAUUGUAGUGGUUGCGAAAAUGGCCACAACGUGGCUUCACACAGGUGCAUGGAGUGCCAAGAAUUUCUCUGUGAUGAUUGCACACUAGCUCAUCAAAGGGUAAAGUUUACAAGAGAACAUGAGAUCUUGUCUCUUGAGGAAUUUGUCGAUAAAACAAAUCCAAAGGAAGAUUCAGUGUUCGUGACUUGCGCUAAACACAACACUGAAAAUAUAGACAUGUACUGCAAAACUUGUGAUUUAUUAACAUGCAAGGAAUGUAGAAGAACCACUGAUCAUGGAGACGGACACGAACUUAUUUCGUUGCAAAAUGCAGUCGACUCGAUUAAACCAACGCUUCUGUCAUUGCUGGACGCGACGCAGAAGAAUAUUCCCGCCUUGCAGAAGUCGGUUUACGAGAUUAUCAAGGUGUACGGUCGGUGGCAAAAUAAAAUCGAUGACGUCUCGUGGCAAAUUCGGAGAACUUCGCGCCGCCUCAUUCAAGCUGUCAAGGAGAAGGAACAUCAAUUGCUAAAAGAACUCAACACCAUUAGAGAUAACCGUUCUUCGGUACUGGUGAACCAAAAGGAAGAGAUUGAAAGGAAGUUGGUUUGCACAAUCGAUGGAUGUGAUUUCUCUGACGAG